UUCAGAAUUACUAGAAGUACUUAGUCUUUCUCUUUGCUGCUGUCACUAUUCCAGCAUCCUUUCCAUAUAAGUCCUUUCUUUCUCUGAGCCAUGACUGAAUGAUGUUUCUCCUCUUCCUUUUCAUAGUCUCUGGACUUGGGAUGCAGAAGCCUCAGCUCUUGGUUCCUGUCAUGGCCAUUCCAAAUGGAACUCUGAUCCACCCAGCAUACUUCCUGCUGGUGGGCAUCCCUGGCCUGGGGCCUAAUAUACACUUUUGGCUGGCUUUCCCCCUGUGUUUUAUGUAUGCCUUGGCCACCCUGGGCAACCUGGCCAUUGUCCUCAUCAUCCGUGUGGAAAGGCGGCUGCAUGAGCCCAUGUACCUCUUCCUGGCCAUGCUUUCCACCAUUGACCUAGUCCUCUCCUCAGUCACCAUGCCCAAGAUGGCCAGCCUCUUCCUGACUGGCAUCCAGGAGAUUGAGUUCAACGUUUGCCUGUCCCAGAUGUUCCUUAUCCAUGCUCUGUCAGCCAUGGAGUCAGCUGUCUUGCUGGCCAUGGCUUUUGACCGCUUUGUGGCCAUCUGCCACCCACUGCGGCAUGCUUCUGUGCUCACAGGGCCUACUGUUGCCAAGAUCGGACUAGCUGCCUUGACCAGGGGAUUUGUAUUCUUUUUCCCACUGCCCUUCAUCCUGAAGCGAUUGUCAUACUGCCAAACACAUACUGUCACACACUCCUUCUGUCUGCACCAAGACAUUAUGAAGCUAUCGUGUACUGACACCACAGUCAAUGUAGUAUAUGGACUUUUCGUAAUCCUUUCAGUCAUGGGUGUCGACUCUCUCUUCAUUGGCUUCUCCUACGUCCUCAUCCUGAGGGCCGUGUUGGAGCUGUCCUCUCGGGGGGCAUCACUCAAGGCUUUCAAUACUUGCAUCUCCCAUCUCUGUGCUGUGCUGGUCUUCUAUGUGCCCCUCAUCGGGCUCUCAGUGGUGCACAGGCUGGGUGGUCCUACCUCCUUGCUCCAUGUGAUUAUGGCUAAUAUCUAUCUAUUGCUACCACCUGUGGUUAACCCUCUUGUCUACGGAGCCAAGACCAAGGAGAUCCGUUCAUGGGUCCUCAAUAUGUUCUUACAAGAUGGCAGAUGAGGAGGAUAACCUCCCCAGUGUCCUCAAUCUCUAUCAAAGAUGGCAGGAUUAGAGUCCUAUUGAAUGUCUUGGUGAUUAGA